CGUAUCCGGAAGGCUGCGGCUGCUUCUGGCUUCAAGGGCUUUAUCCCUUCCGGAUCGGGUAACUGUCCGGGCCAUCCCCGUUUAGGAAGUUCGCUCUGGCUUAGGAAGCUCGCCCGCUGCCAUGUGGGCCGCUCUGAGGUUGGCCCUGCGGCCGUGCCCUCGCGCCGCUGCCCCCCGGGCGCGCUUUUAUCACGGGGACUCGGUGGCCACGCUGGGCACCCAGCCAGACUCGGGGUCUUCCAUUUACCAGGAAAACUAUGAGCAGAUGAAAGCACUAGUAAAUCAACUCCGUGAACGAGCUCAGGCUAUAAGACUAGGAGGUGGUGAGAAAGCCCGAGCACUUCACAAGUCCAGAGGAAAACUGCUACCUAGAGAAAGAGUGGACAACCUUGUAGACCCAGGGUCGCCUUUUCUGGAAUUAUCCCAGUUUGCUGGUUACCAGUUAUAUGGUAAUGAGGAGGUCCCUGCAGGUGGCAUUAUCACUGGCAUUGGGAGAGUGUCAGGAGUAGAAUGCAUGAUUGUUGCCAAUGAUGCCACUGUCAAAGGAGGUUCUUACUACCCAGUGACCGUGAAAAAGCAUGUACGGGCACAAGAAAUUGCAAUACAAAACAGGCUCCCCUGUAUCUACUUGGUUGAUUCAGGAGGUGCAAACUUACCUCGACAAGCAGAUGUGUUUCCAGAUCGAGAUCACUUUGGUCGCAUAUUUUAUAAUCAGGCAGUUAUGUCUUCUAAAAAUAUUACCCAGAUUGCUGUUGUCAUGGGUUCGUGUACAGCAGGGGGUGCUUACCUGCCCGCGAUGGCUGAUGAAAACAUCAUUGUACGCAAGCAGGGAACCAUUUUCUUAGCAGGCCCCCCCCUGGUUAAAGCAGCAACUGGAGAGGAAGUGUCAGCCGAGGAUCUUGGAGGUGCUGAUCUUCAUUGCAGAACAUCUGGAGUGUCUGACUACUAUGCUUUGGAUGAUAAUCAUGCUCUUCAUUUAACCAGAAAGAUAGUGAGGAGUCUAAAUUACCAGAAGAAAUUGGAUGUUACUAUUGAGCCUUCUGAAGAACCUUUAUAUCCAGCUGAUGAAUUGUAUGGAAUAGUUGGUGCUAAUCUUAAGAGGAACUUUGAUGUCCGUGAGGUCAUUGCUAGAAUUGUGGAUGGCAGCAGAUUCAAUGAAUUCAAAGCCUUAUAUGGAGACACAUUAGUUACAGGAUUUGCUAGAAUAUUUGGAUACCCAGUUGGUAUCGUUGGAAAUAAUGGGGUUCUAUUUUCUGAAUCAGCAAAAAAGGGAGCUCACUUCAUCCAGUUGUGCUGCCAAAGGAAUAUUCCUCUGCUGUUCCUUCAAAACAUUACAGGAUUUAUGGUUGGUAGAGACUAUGAAGCUGAAGGAAUUGCCAAAGAUGGCGCCAAGAUGGUGGCUGCUGUGGCCUGUGCCAAAGUGCCAAAGAUAACUGUCAUCAUUGGGGGAUCAUAUGGGGCUGGAAACUAUGGGAUGUGUGGCAGAGCAUAUAGCCCAAGAUUUCUUUAUAUGUGGCCAAAUGCUCGGAUCUCAGUGAUGGGAGGUGAGCAGGCGGCCAAUGUGUUGGCAACAAUAGCAAAAGACCAAAGAGCACGGGAAGGGAAACAGUUUUCCCCUGCUGAUGAAGCAGCUUUAAAGGAGCCCAUCAUUAAGAGGUUUGAAGAGGAAGGAAACCCCUACUAUUCCAGCGCCAGGCUCUGGGAUGAUGGGAUUAUAGAUCCAGUGGACACCAGGCUGGUCUUAGGUCUCAGCAUCAGUGCUGCUCUCAAUGCACCAAUCCAGAAGACUGAUUUUGGCAUCUUCAGGAUGUAGCUGGCAGAGGAAGUGUCUUUUGUUGACUAUGCACCAAAAAUUAAUAUAUUGGUAGCACUAAAAGUUUAGAUGUUUUCAACAUAUAGUUACUACAUGACAUUGUUUUCCUAACACAAGUAUGUUGUACUUUUCUAAGUUAAAAAAAAAAUCGGUGGAGAUAUUUAUUUGAUGAACUUCAUUUUCUUUUGAGUUUUCUCAAAAUUUUCUAUGGCUCAGUUUUACCACCUAGAGAAUAAUUUGUUAUCCUUUAUAACCUACAAGUAGUAUGAACAGUUCUAUAUGAAACUGUAAACCUGGGUAUUAUUUAGUUUAUAAAUAAAGUUGUACUUCCAUUGAGAUGAUUUGCUUUGAUGGUUGUGCAUGAUGAUAGUUUAACACAUUUUUAAGAAGAAUCCUCUCUUUUCCCAGUGAGUUAGGUUUCUUGCCUGCACUUUUUAAGUUCUGUUUUCUACUGUCUCUGCUGGCCCUAUUCCUUUCUGGCUCACAACUGUCUUCAAAGUUACCAUUAACCUUCAUGCUACUGGCGGUUCUUUUCUGACUAUAUUUGGUUAAAUUCUGUGACACUAGUCACAGAAUUUAGUCACUUGUUUGAAGUCACUUGUUUGAAGAAAUGCCGUCUGUCCUUAGCUUCUGUCCUGUGGCACUCUAGGUUUUUUGACAGUUCUUGUUAAGCUAUUAUUUUAUUUUAUUUUAUUUUAUUUUAUUUAUUCAUUAUUGGAUUGAGAGAAGUUGAGAGGGGAGGAGGAGGGAGAGAAACAGAGAGACACCUGCACCCCUGCUUUACCACUCGUGAAGCUUCUGCAUGUGGGGACACAGGGCUUGAACUCAGGUCCUUGUGUACCAUAAUGUGAGCACUUAACCAGGUGUGCCACCACCUGUCCCCCUUGUUCAGCUUUUCUUUUCUUUUUUUUUAAAAUUAUUUUAUUUAUUUUAUUUUUGAGGGAGAGGAGCACUGCUCAGCUCUGGCUUAUGGUGGUGUGGGGGAUUGAACCUGGGACUUUGGAGCCUCAGGCAUGAUAUUCUCUUUGCAUAACCACUAUGCUAUCUACCCCCACCCUUGUUCAGCUUUUCUAUAGGCCUUUCUCCCUCUGAUAUUUCCUGCAUCCACUUCGUCUUCAUUACUUGUCUUGAUUUUUCAUCAGUAAUGUGAAUUAAUAUACUCUUGUUUAAAAAGAGACAAGUAAUCUAAAAUUUUCUAUUCAUAUGUUUUUUUUAACCAUCUUAGCCAUUUUACAGACAUUUCUGUGGUAGUGAGUGUAUUCACAUUGUACAUCCAUCUCUAUAACUUUUCAUCAUCUUAAACUGAAAUUGUGAACUUAUUAAACAUUAGCUUCUCAUUCCCCAUCCUACCCCUUGGCAUAUCUCAUUCUUGAGUGUAUGUGGUUCUCAUGCCUUGGUUUCUUGUUGAUUUUUUAAGUACCCCACAACCUUUAUGGCACUAGUUUUCUAACUAUUCAGGCCAUUCACAGUUUUUUUGUUUUUUUUUUUUGUCUUAUUUUUUUAUUGCCAAGGUUAUUGCUGGGGCUUGGUGCUUGAACUAUAAACUUAACCCAUCUGGCUGCCACAUUUUUACUUUAAGAGGGGAAGAGACAAUAGGGAGGGAGAGAGAGAGAGAGAGAGAGAGAGAGAGAGAGAGAGAGAGAGAAUGAAUCCUGCAGUACCUGCUUCACUUGUGGAAUGCCCCACUGCAGGUGGAAAGUGGGGGUUCAAGCCUGAGUCUUUGCUCAUAGUAAUCUGUGUGCUUAACCAAGUACACCUGGCCCCAUAUUCAGUUUUUUAAAAAAUUUUAUUAUUUUUUUAUUUAUAAAAAGAAGACAAUGACAAAACCAUAGGAUAAGAGGGGUACAACUUCACACAACUCCCACCACCAGAUCUCUGUAUCCCAUCCCCUCCCCUGAUAGCUUUCCUAUUCUUAACCCUCUGGGAGUAUGGACCCAAGGUCAUUGUGGGAUGCAGAAGGUGGAAGCUCUGGCUUCUGUAAUUGCUUCCCUGCUGAACAUGGGCAUUGACAGGUUGAUCCAUAUUCCCAGCCUGCCUCUCUUUUUCCCUAGUAGGGUGGGGCUCUGAGGAAUCAGAGCUCCAGGACACAAUGGUGGGGUUGUCUCUCCAGGGAAGUCUGGUCGGCAUCAUGCUAACAUCUGGAACCUGGUGGCUGAAAAGAGAGUUAACACAUGAAGCCAAACAAAUUGUUGUCCAGUCAUGGACCUAAAGGCUGGAAUAGUGCAGAUGAGUUGGGGGGGUUCCUCCAUUUUGUAGAUAGCUAGUAGGCACAUUUUAGUUAUAUUCCAAAGGCCCUGUGGCUAUACUAGAUUUUUUCCCCCUGAGUCUGAAAUGUGAUAUGCAGGUGGAUCCAAGCUAUUGUCUGGGGAGAUGAUGUCAUGGCUGGAGAAGGAACAAAAAGCUGCACCAGGGAAGAGAGUAGCUCCCUAAUAUGGGGAAGGGGUAUAAAUAUUGUUGACUGUAAGCCCCAUCUAUUUGAUUUGGUCUGGGGCCCAUAUUCAGCUUAGGAGCCUAUGUGACCUCUGCUUCCCUGUAGACCUGAGCUCACAUUCUUUGGUCAUGAGUAGGAACAUUCCAAGCUGCCCUAAUAUCGGGACCCAUCUUCCUCAGGUGUAGCAUAGAGUAUGUUGUCCAUCCUCCCUUUGGAGGAUGGGGAACAUUCUCUACCGUUGUUGAUCCAAGUUGAGGGCAAGGUCCUAUGGGGACCCACAAAGGGGUCUAUUUUUUUGUUCCUGAUAGAGAUGACUGGUAACAAUGGAAAGAGGGAUUUAUUUGAGGUCUAGGCCCAUCAUGUCUGUUUGGGAAUCUCAGGACUCCCCGACCAUAUUCAGUUUUUAACGUAGUUCUCCCCAGAGGUCCAGACCUGCACAUGUAUAACAUGUCUACACUGAUUAUCUUACAGGAACCUCAAAUUCAACGGUCAGGUUCUAUUGAUUUAUUGAAUUAUUGAUUCCUAUUUCUUGAAUUCCAUCACUGUUUUUGUCUUUUACAUGUGCAAACCUUAGAAAUGUUCUACAUGUAUCCAUUUCUUAUCUAGUCUGACCUGUCCAUUCCUUUGAUAUUAGAAUGGCUAUUCUUAGCAUGUGGGUCAUGUUCUUUUAUUUAAAAUCAUCCACCAGUUCCCUGGAAGUGCCAAAUCCUAACACCCUUCGUGGUCUUAAUCAUCAGCUCUUUUUUUUUUUUUUAAAUUUAUUUUUCCCUUUUUGUUGCCCUUAUUGUUUUUCAUUGUUGUUGUAGUUGUUGUUGUUGAUGUCGUCGUUGUUAGGACAGAGAGAAAUGGAGAGAGGAGGGGGAGACAGAGGGGGAAGAGAAAGAUAGACACCUGCAGACCUGCUUCACCGCCUGUGAGGCGACUCCCCUACAGGUGGGGAGGGGGCUCGAUCCGGUAUCCUUACACUGGUCCUUGCGCUUUGCGCCACGUGCGCUUAACCCACUGCGCUACCGCUGGACUCCCAGUCAUCAGCUUUUUUAAGUCUCAUCUCCUUGAUAAUAUUUAGUACUUGGUGCUCCAGCAAGUCAGGAUUUCUUCUAGUUUAUUGAGUCUAUGAAAUCUUUCCUACCUUAGCAUCUACAAUACAAGUUUCCCACUGCCACAGAUUUCGAUUUUUGCUUUUUCAUAAAUACUUUUUUGUGCCUCCGAAUUCUAGACUCAGAUACUACAUGCCCUUCUGCUGAAUGUAAACACUACUGAGCAAGGACUUUCCUGUUUACCCUGUAUCUCCAGUGCCUAGCACUUGGUGAAAGAGUGAAAAUAAAAUAUGUAUUAUAAUUGAUGUACUAGGAUCACACAGUAUUAAAAUUAAGUGAUUGAUGGUAUGAUUUAAUAAUAGAUACUUUCUCAAUAAAAUUAAAAUUUCAAACUUG